GAUGUCACAUCCUGUUCCACAGCCAUCCCCUGCUAGUAGCCAGCCCUACCAAUUCCUUUCUUUUUCUUUUUUUUUUUUUUUUUUUUUUUUUUUUAAAUCCCUGUCCUCUCCCCAUCACCCCCCUUUUCCAGGCAAACUUUUGGCAAUAGCAGAGAUAAUCACUGCGUGCUCCGCUGAAUUUCUCUUCGCAAAUGUCUUUGGAGCAGGGGAGCCAUUAAAAAAAAAAAAAAAAAAAAAAAUUAAAUAAAUUACCAGACAGCCAGCACCGAGAGCAGAGGAGAGAAACUGGGAUCCCAAUAAAUAUGCAAAGUGAAGGCUCUGCUGAGCAGAUUUCUGGCAUCGCUUCCCGAGGGUGCUGAGAGCCACCCGCAAAAUCAGGCUGGUUUUUGCUUUUUUGUUUGGUUUUGGUUUUGGUUUGGUUUUUUUUUUUUUUUAAACCGCGUUUUGUUGUCCAUAUAUUUUUUUUUAAUUUUUUUUAUAUAUCUAUAAAUUAAAAUAUUAAUAAGAAUAAAGGAGUGAGGAGGCAGCGAGGCUCGGGGACGGCGCAGGGAGGCUCGCCCGGAGGUGAUCUGUAUGCGAGGUGCCUAGAACGGGGUGCGAGAGAUGCAACCGGCAAGCAAGCUGCUGACCCUCUGCUUCCUCAUCCUGAUGGGCACAGAACUCACCCAAGUGUUGCCUACCAACCCAGAGGAAAGCUGGCAGGUCUACAGCUCUGCCCAGGACAGCGAGGGACGUUGUAUAUGCACAGUGGUGGCACCUCAGCAGACGAUGUGCUCGCGUGAUGCCAGGACAAAGCAGCUGAGACAACUCCUAGAAAAGGUGCAAAACAUGUCCCAGUCGAUAGAGGUGUUGGACAGGAGGACUCAGAGAGACCUACAGUACGUGGAGAAGAUGGAAAACCAGAUGAGGGGACUGGAAUCCAAAUUUAAGCAAGUGGAAGAAAGCCACAAGCAGCACCUGGCAAGGCAGUUUAAGGCAAUAAAAGCGAAAAUGGAGGAACUUAGGCCUUUGAUACCAGUGUUGGAAGAGUACAAAGCCGAUGCCAAAUUGGUAUUGCAGUUUAAAGAGGAGGUCCAGAAUCUGACGUCAGUUCUAAACGAACUCCAGGAGGAGAUUGGCGCCUAUGACUACGAAGAGCUUCAGAACAGAGUGUCAAAUCUUGAAGAAAGGCUUCGUGCAUGCAUGCAAAAAUUAGCCUGUGGGAAGCUGACUGGAAUAAGUGACCCGAUCACAAUUAAAACCUCGGGGUCCCGCUUUGGAUCGUGGAUGACGGAUCCUCUGGCUCCUGAGGGAGAAAACAAGGUUUGGUACAUGGACAGCUACCACAACAACCGCUUCGUCCGCGAGUACAAAUCCAUGGCGGAUUUCAUGAACACCGACAACUUCACCUCCCACCGCCUGCCCCACCCGUGGUCGGGCACGGGCCAGGUGGUCUACAACGGCUCCAUUUACUUCAACAAAUACCAAAGCCACAUCAUCAUCAGGUUCGACUUGAAAACGGAGACCAUCCUCAAGACGCGCAGCCUGGACUACGCCGGCUACAACAACAUGUACCACUACGCCUGGGGCGGCCACUCGGACAUCGACCUCAUGGUGGACGAGAACGGGCUCUGGGCCGUCUACGCCACCAACCAGAACGCCGGCAACAUCGUCAUCAGCAAGUUGGACCCCAACACCCUGCAGAGCCUGCAGACCUGGAACACCAGCUACCCGAAACGCAGCGCCGGAGAGGCCUUCAUCAUCUGCGGCACCCUCUACGUCACCAACGGCUACUCGGGCGGCACCAAGGUGCACUACGCCUACCAGACCAACGCCUCCACCUACGAGUACAUCGACAUCCCCUUCCAGAACAAGUAUUCCCACAUCUCCAUGUUGGACUACAACCCCAAGGAUCGGGCUCUCUACGCCUGGAACAACGGGCACCAGAUCCUGUACAACGUCACCCUCUUCCACGUCAUCCGCUCCGACGAGUUGUAGCCCGGCCUUGGUUAGAAACUGGGUUUAGAGGGGGGGAAAAAAAAAAUUCAAUGGAAGUGAAAAGUAAAAAACAAAUAAAUAAAUACAUAAUAAAAAAGGGAAAAAAAAAAAAAAAAGGAGAAACUAAUUUAAAAAAGAAAUGCUAAUAAGGAAACAUACUCUAAAUAAGUAAACAUAUAAACAGCUGCCAAAAUUAAGACCAACGUCAUGGAGGAUUAUUCAGCAUAAACCUGACAGAUCAGCAUUACCUCUACAUUUCUAGAAGUCUGGCCCUGUGUUAUAGACUCAAGAAUAACCAUGUACUUGCAGCUGGAACUGCACUCAGAGAACCACUUCAGUUUGGGGUUUUGUUUUGUUUCUGUUCUGAUAGCAAACCUAGAGAACAUCCUCAAGCAGUAAGGCAAUGACUGUUGGAAGUUCACCCUCGGGAGCCUCGCUCUCCUCCGUGUGUGGGUUGCAUGGACAUUCCCCCAGCGUCACGGGCAGCUGUGAUGGAUGUGUGGAGAGGAAAAGCAGGAAAAGCUGACCCGUGAGGAGCUCUGGCUGUCUCAACAAGACCUGUCACAGGUUGGUUUUCUUUGCCUUCCAUUGCAGCUACCGUCUCUCUCAACUGUGUUCCUGUCACUUAGAUUAACUGUGCUGAGACCCGAAGUAGCUCAUGGAUCUGUGUCUUAGUAACUUAUUAAACACGAUGGUUUAAGUAUGUAUUAUGAACAAGUUGUUGUACCCAUAUUGUUUGAACUUAUGUAUUCAGCAACUAUAUUGUAUAAUGUAUGUCUGUUAUUUACCAGAGGUGGCAAAACUUUGUAUGUCCAGUUUAUGCAAUGAAUGUUGUAAAUGCAAUGAUGUAGUUUGGAUUUAAUAAAUGAUGGUUUUUUCGUUUCUAAAAAGGCAAAAAAAAAAAAAAAAUGGUCAGUGUUCACCCUUAUACACAGGUAACCAAUUUCAUGUUGAUAAUUACAGGAAUAUUCUCUUACUGUUAUACUAUCUACAUAGCAUUAUGGUGGUUGGAAAUCGCUUCCGUGGAGAUUCUGUGGCAGCAGAUUCCCAUGGGAAGCUUUGUUUAUGGAAGUGUGAAGGUAAUUAAUUUUUUUUAAGAGGAAAACUUUGUACUAUCCACAGUUAUCUAAGGAACAAUAAAACUAUUAGGAGACUUC